GAACGAGACAGUAUGAUGGAAAAUCUCUAUACAAUUUUGUAAUCGUGGCAGGUUAAAUUAAAUACCGGAAAGAAAGUUUUCACAAGGCGUUUAUUGCAAUAUUCUGCUUAUUUUCGAUUUAAACUGCAUGGUUCUACAUUUGAUGUACCCUUGGAGCAGACUGAGCAGCUUGUUCGAGAGUUAUUAGUGUAGUAUUGCAAGAGUCUGAGGGCGUCGCUUUUUACAACCUUCGUUGUCAGGUGCAAUUGUUUGAAAAGGUAUGGGCUCAGACUUCGGCAAUCCGUUGAGGAAGUUCAAGCUGGUUUUUCUUGGUGAACAGAGUGUGGGAAAAACAUCACUGAUUACAAGAUUCAUGUAUGAUAGUUUUGACAAUACUUACCAGGCGACAAUUGGAAUAGACUUUUUAUCAAAGACAAUGUACUUAGAAGAUAGAACAGUUAGAUUGCAACUUUGGGAUACAGCUGGUCAAGAGAGAUUCAGAAGCUUGAUUCCAAGCUACAUCAGGGAUUCAUCUGUUGCUGUAGUUGUAUAUGAUAUAACAAAUGUUAAUUCUUUUCAACAAACAAGCAAGUGGAUAGAUGAUGUCAGAGCAGAGCGUGGGAGUGAUGUCAUCAUAAUGCUGGUUGGCAACAAGACAGACCUUGCAGAGAAGAGGCAAGUCUCAACUGAAGAUGGGGAAAACAAAGCAAAAGAAUUGAAUGUUAUGUUUAUUGAAACAAGUGCCAAAGCUGGUCAUAAUGUUAAACAGCUAUUUCGGAAGGUAGCUGCAGCUUUGCCUGGCAUGGAAAAUACCCAAGAGAAAAAAGAGGACAUGAUUGAAGUAAAACUAAAGGACACGCCACAGGAGCAUAGUCAGUCAGAAGGAGGCUGCAGUUGUUGAUUGGCCGAAUAACACGAUGACAUGACAUUGUCUUCUUUCAGUUCCAAAGGAAUGACAUUCGUGGUGAAAAUAUCACAGUUGCUGACAUCAUGCUGUAAAUAUAACAGCCAAUGAACAAGAACGAUGUUGAACAUUCAUACAAUGUAUUGAGCAAAAUUUGCGAUUUUACAGUUAUUUAAUAGGGUUUUCGAAUCAAUUCUAGUUGUCAAAAGGCGUGCAAGUUUUGGAUGAAACAAGAUUUGAUAGAGAUGGGAUCAUCUCGCUGUAAAAUUAUUCCAAAAUUCACCAUGUUUGUUCAGCGAUAAAAAGAAUAUAGAGUUACCUUCCCCAAUUGAAAGAAAAAGAAAAGAAAUCCCAUACGCUGCAAUUUCAUUGUCAUUCAGUAGCUCAUGCGAGUUAGUUAUUUGUCAUAUGAUCAAACUGACAUAGGAUUAAAGUUUUUCAAAUCAAUUAAUCAUAUACUGUAAAAGCUCUAUUAAGCCCCCUCUCUUUUAAGCCCCCCCUCUAGGACUGAAAAAAAUAAAUUAGCCCCAGGGGGCUUAAUAGAGCGGUAUUACAUGCAAUGACCCGAGAUGUAAAACAAACCCUGUGCAACUCAUGGGGUUCAGCAAUAUGUUUUCUUCUUAAGAUUCUGUGAUAUGAAAUUGAAUUAGGGGCGUUUUACCCUUAUUAAGGGGUCAGCUUUGAUAAAUGGUUGUGAUGUCUCUUUGCAUCUACUGUCUAAUUAAGGGAUCGAAGUAUUUCAUACAAUUCCAUGCAGCUCGUUUGCUUAGAGUAACAGAUUACUUGUUAUGUUGCUUGUUUGUUAUGUAUUUAUGAAUAUGGAUGUGUAGUUCUACGUGCAAACCAAUGAAAACUGAGUUCUGUCAA